AUGUAGACUCUCCCAAGACUUUUGUUUGUCUUGGUGCUUCUUGCUACAGCGAAAGACUGCGAAUCUUCUGAGGUUUGUGUGACUCCUGGGAAGUCCAUGAGUUUGGGGAAGGAUUCCUGUGCAAUGGAACACCCUCAGUUGGUGCCAAUGGAAAAUGCCACCAAUGGAGUCCAAUGUCCUGCCUGCUACUCUACCAAGGGAAGUUGUGUUCCUGAGAUGAUCAAUUGUACAGGAGACGAGACUUAUUGCUUUGAGAUGAUCUCAUCAUCAUGUGUUGGUGAAAAAGCCAUCAAAGCCAUCAUGAAGGGGUGCACCACCAGGCAUGUUUGCUUGGUAGUCAAAGAAAAUGAAACAUAA